AGCAUAGGAGGGCCAAUAUUUUCCUAUAUUCCACAAGAUCAUUAAUUAUGGCCUACCAAGAAAUAAAGAACUUCACCAGCAAGUAUUACAUGAUCAUCACUUUAUAAAUAGGGAACUAAUCCUUUCCAAACAACAUAUCAAUCCAUUUCCAUAAUCACUUCUCAUUCACCAUUAAUUUGAUCCAUUUAUCUUUUGAAACCACACUAUGUCUGAAGAAGAGAACCGUAGCCGUGGCCUCUUCCACCACAAGAAGCAUGAUGAUGAUGAUAAUAGGCCAAUAGACACUGACAGUGGUUACAACAAAACAUCAUCAUACUCUACAGGUGAUGAUGACUAUAACAAAAAAACAUCAUAUGGUAAUGACAAUUCUGGUGGUGACUAUGAAACUGGUUACAAUAAGAACACCGAUAAUUACUCUAAUAAUGAAACAUCUGGCGGCUAUGGUAGUGGUGGUGCUAAAACAACCACCGGUGGCGGCUACGGUGGUGGUUAUGGUGACUCUGACACCAAAACAACCACCGGUGGCGGAUAUGGUGGUGGUUAUGGUGACUCCGACACUAAAACAACCACUGGUGGCGGCUACGGUGGUGGUUAUGGUGACUCUGACACUAAAACAACCACUGGAGGCGGCUACGGUGGUGGAUAUGGUGACUCUGACACCAAAACCACUACCGGUGGUGGUUAUGGUGAUGAUCGUCGUGAAGACGUUGAUUAUGAGAAGGAGGAGAAACGCCACAGCAAACAUGAGCAUCUUGGUGAGUUAGGUGCUGCAGCUGCCGGUGGUUUUGCUUUGUAUGAGAAACACAAGUCGGAGAAAGACCCAGAGAACGCUCACAGGCACAAGAUAGAAGAAGAAGUUGCAGCAGUAGCUGCAGUGGGAUCUGGCGGGUUCGCCUUCCAUGAGCAUCAUGAGAAAAAGGAAACAAAGGAGGAAGAAGAAGAAGCUCAUGGAAAGAAGAAACACCAUUUCUUUGGCUGAACAUAUGUGUAUAAUAUAAUUAUAUAAUAAGCACACAAGCAUAUUAUGGAGAUAUUCAUUCUGCUUAGCUUUGUCUUAUAAUUAAUUAUGCUUUUGGCUUAUUUAUGUGUAUUAGUAUUAAGUUAAUCUUCCAGUUUGCUUUGAGUGAGUGGUUUGGAGAAUGUUUCCAGCUUGGUGUCAUAUGUAUGAAUCUAUGUUGUGUCAACUGAUAUGUACACAAUAUACGGUUGUAAAAGAAUGUGAGAUGAUUUCAAUAAAAUUACUUGUUCUGUAGUGAA